AUGAAGGCCCCUAACAAAGUUAAAGUUUUUGCAUGGAGAGUUAUUCAAGAGUGCCUCCCCUCCAAGCAAAACUUGCUGAAAAGGAAAAUCACUGAGAAUGCAAACUGCCCCUUCUGUAACUUCCCAAUUGAGGACUGCACCCAUGCUCUAAUAAAAUGUCUGGAUACUAGAAAAGUGUGGCAGCGUUUGAUGCCAAAUAUUUACGAACUAAAUGCUGCUAGUACUAUUCUAGAUGUUGCUCUACAAAUGCUGCACAGAGGGGAUGAGGGUCUACUAAGUCGAUUCUUUCUGAUUGCAUGGUCACUAUGGCAUAGGAGAAACAAAUGGGCUAUUGAGAAGGUAAUGCUGGACCCCUUCCAGGUUGCUAAUAAUGCCAUUAAUACAUUCAAGCCAUGCCUUCAAGCUAGGGUGGAACCGAGCUACACAAUGCACAAAACAGGUUGCUGGCAGGUACCCCCUCAUGGCUUUUAUAAACUAAAUGUUGAUGCUGCACUGUUUUUUGAUCUGAAGAAGGCUGGAGUAGGUGGAGUUCUUAGAGACGAAAGGGGGGAGAUGGUAUUAGCAAUGAGCAAGGCGGAACACGAACUGCAUGACCCAGAAUCUGUGGAGCUAGUUGCGAUACUAAGAGGCCUUCAAUUCAUCCUACAGCUGGGUAUAAGGAAGAUUGUACUGGAAAGCGAUAGCCUGUUGAUGGUUGAAGCGUUGAAGGCCAAUCAAGACUCACUUUCAUUGCAAGGCAACAUGCUGAAGGAAGUUAAGAAUAUGAUGAACUGUUUUGAAGAGAAGAAGGUGCAACACGUGUGCAGAAGUGGAAAUCAGGUGGCCCACACUCUAGCUAAACAUGCAUGGUCUAUCCCGGAUGUAGAACUUUGGAUGGGAUUAGUUCCUGCUUUUUUGUCUCAGGUUUAUUGGCUUGAUAGCCAGAAUGUAAGAGUUGAAAAUACUCUAUGA